CCACUUCACGAUUGUAUUUUGCAGUUUCGCCGCCAUACGAGGGUCGUUUCAUCUACACUGCAGCAUAACAAAACCAUAUUGCUCGAACUCCACACCGAAUUCGGGAGCUUCUUAAUGGAGGCGGGCACUUUAAUUGACCGGCCGCAAAACAAGCCGCGCCGACAGACAAUCCCAGGUAGAAAGAAACGAAAGCAAAGGAGCUCAGGUACCAUUGAAGAAGCCGGACAGUGCUCCAAAGCUCCUCGUUUGGAUCUAGAGAGCGACAAAGGUCUGCCAUGGAAGAAUUUGGAGUUGAUUUUUCUAUUACAGGAAAAGGACACCAGCCUUCUGAAGAAGGUCGAUUUGGCGUUUGAUUAUGUGAAUUCAAGCAGCACAAAAGCUUUGGAUGAUAUUGGUCAGUGCUUGCAGGUAAUGGACACUUCAAGGACAACAGUUUUUGUCAACAAAUGGGUUCAAUCGGUUCUCAUUUCUUCAUCAAAGAAAGUGAGGCUUGAAGAAAACGAUCCUGGUUUCGAAACUUCUGGAUCAUUUUUGGACUACAGAUGCUGGAAGAUUUUACAUUUCUGCUUGGAGGAGUCAAAAAACUUUGGCGUACCUUUGACAUGUUCUAAGGACUUCUUACGGGUGAUUCAUUCUAUUGCAGUUGAUGCCUUACAUUCUGUAAAUGUCAUGCCCGUGUGUCCUAACCGGAUACAGCUUUAUGAUAUCGUUCUUGAUUGUAUCUCGUUGGUCUUCUCAUUCCAUGGAGGAGUUGCCAAUGAAAAUUUGGAUUUGUGGAUCUUGCUCUUAGAUAAGGUGCUCGAACUCGUCUUGAAUAUCGUUACAGACAAGCUGGAAACAGAGGUCGGGAAUUUCGUCAUGCAAUUGUCGUGUUAUUUGUUCGAUCCAUUUGCAAUGUUUUUGAGGGUCCAUCCAACUCGUAAAACUGGUUUUCAAAAUUUCAUCGAUAAGCUUCUUGAGCCCCUACUGCACUUGUUGCAUGUGCUGCAUUCUAGCGCUUGUGCCGUUAAAGGUGGAUGGAUAACAAAGUUAUCGAAGUUAGUGGAGGAAGUUUUAGCUCAGGGGCUGUUCCACCCAACUCAUGUUGAUGGGUUUCUAAGUUUACAGAGUACUGCAAGAUACAAAAAUUAUUCUGAUGCAGCUGUGAAGGAUGAAAAGUUUGUUAAUAAAAGUUAUCAUAGGCAUCUGUUUGAUAAACUAGAGAAGGUAGUUGAUAAGAAGAAUGGUUUGGCUUUAGUUGGUCUAGGAGAGUUGCUUCACUUGUUUGUUACUUGUGCUACAAGGCAUAAAGGAGCUUUAGUCAGUGGAGGAAGUUCCAGCCAAUUGGGUCAUAUUUCCCAUGUCAGAGUUGUGAAUUCAGAAAAGGCUCCUGUAUGCCAUAGCAUGGAUGCAGAAUUGAGAAAUUCUAUAUUUGAUUAUUUCGUACAAAAUUUGCAAUAUCUACUAGUAGAUCUUGAUAAAAGUCCUCGAGCUGAUGGAGAAGUAUCCGUGUUACUUAAUGCUUCUGUUACACUGAGAUCCAUUAAUAACUUACUUGAUAGCUGCAUUUGUGAUAAGUUAUAUCUAAGAACAGAUGAUACCUCAGAAGGGGCUUCCCGAAAUUUUUUGAGGUCUGCCUAUUCUACCCUCAUGGCAUUCGCUGCCAAAAUUUCCCAUAAACAAUCAUCAUCUCCCGACUCGGAUGGAAAUUCGUACAGAGAACUAUUGGUUUCUGUUAGAAAGGAGAUUAUUGUUGCUGUUCAUCAUUUGUUGAAUAUUGAAUAUGAGGUUAUUGGAGAUGACCUGGAGAACUUAUGGUCUAUGGUAUUCUCCUCUAUGUCCUGCUGCUAUAGUUUAACGGAUGUGCUUGGUCAGCCAUUGCUUUCCUCAGAGAUACUGAGACUUGGUUGCAGGUUAAUUGAUCUUUACAGCGAACUUCGUCAGGUGGAUUCUUCCAUAUUUGCACUCCUUAGAGCAGUAAGGCAUUCCCUAUCAUGCAUUAAAGAUGGUGAAGCAUACGCUCCAUCGAGCUCAUGCUCAUUUUAUUCAGGUUCAUUGAGCAUGCUUUUCUGCUCUUUAGAUUUUAGGCUGUCACUCAGCAGUGCUAUUAAUGCUAUACCUGAAGGUCAAGCAUCUGCAUGCAUUUGCCAGUUGAGCUCAGAUAUAAUCGAAUCUCUUGAAUGGAUGAAAUCUGAGCUUCAGCUUGCAGAUGUUGAUACAACUGAAAAGGCAAAUCAACAUAGUUGUUACUCACAGCAGAAUCAUUUGCGAGCAGAAAUCCUGGGUAAGGUGUUGUGUGAAGCAUACGUAAUCAUUCUGGACUCAAUAACAGUAACUUCUGGUAACAGUUAUCUAGUUGCUGUUUCUUUGAAGAAUUUAUUAGAAGUUAUAAGCCCCAGUUUGAGCAGUAGCCUGAUUUCAUUGAAGCCUGAUAGUUCCAAAGAAUUAUCUGAUUCAGUAAAUGGAAGGAAUUCGAACAGGCUCGGGGGAUUUGACAAUGAGUCGAUUUGCUGGGUUUUAAUGGUCUUAUUCCGUCUAGUUUUAUCCUGCAGAAGCUUAUUUCGGCAGGCAAUCGGCCUUAUGCCUCCUAAUGCAUCCAAAAAAAUGUCUAAAGAUUUAGGUGAUUCAUUUACCCCUCACUCUGGGAGAGACUGGUUGAAUAUGAAAGGAUCGGCUGACAAAGGCUUUUUCUCAUGGAUGCCUCAACCUUCAUCAACUCUUCUUGAAGUUAUUUACUCUGUUUCAGAUAUUUGUAUACAGGGUUCCGUUGUGCUUUGCUCACCCUUGGUGUAUGUAUUAAAUGCCAUUUCUCUUCAGAGACUUGUCGACUUAAAUAGGCUGAUUAAGUCUUCUGAGUACAUGCUUCAAUGGAAUCAAGCACGCGAAGAAGAUGCUGAUUUGUCUUCAUAUUACAAGAGAAACAAGAAGUGGAGAAAGUGUGUCGUGAGAAUGAGAAACGAGGCUGAAUCUCUCGUGACAUGCAUGAUGGGAUUUUUUUCAUCCAUUGUUCAGGAUAAAUUAUCGAGUCCCUCGGAUGAUAAUAGUGUAAUAGACUACACUCUUAUCCAAGACCUGCACAAAAGUGAUGCAUUGAGUUUUGCUACAGGAUCUUUAGAUGAAAAAUCGCUGGCAUCUGCAUUGUGGUGGGUCAUUUGCCAGAAUGUUGAUAUUUGGUGCUCACAUGCUGCCAAGAAGGACUUAAAGAAUUUUCUCACACUUGUGAUCCGUAUCUCUAUCUACUCUGGGCAAGAUCAUGAUGAUUGCCACUUUGGAAUGCUUAAAAUGAGCAAGCCUCUGGAGAAGGUCACUGUACAUCAGACUGCACUGGACUUUCUUAGCAACACCAUAUCAUUUGAACAACAGUUCGUUCGCAGGUAUAUGUCAUCAAGGUUCUGUAAGAUUCUCCAGAAGUUAGUGUCAUCAAUAUUUGAUGCGUCUGGAGUCAAUUUGAGCGAGUCACCUAAUUGGGUUGAGGUUAUAUCAGCAUUUGACAGUUCUCCACACACGCAAAUUGGAGCUUUAUCAUGUACAAAACCAACUGUCGAGGUUGAUGAAUCUUGUGUUAAGAAUAUUAAUGCUGAGUUUACUACAUGUGAACGGUUACUUUCUCUUCUAUUGUGGAUGCCAGAAGAAUAUUUUACUCUGAAGUCGUCAUCAAUGUAUAUCACUUACAUUCUCAACCUUGAAAGGCUCCUGGUGGGUAGCUUAUUAGGCUGUAAAAGUGAAUCGUCUUCUCAUAGCCCUCAUCAGAUCUUUCAACUGUUUGUGACCUGUCGACGAGUUCUUCGGACAUUAGCUGUAGCAGCUAACAAAGAAAAUACGAGCUCAAGUAGUCAGCUCCUAAAAUCAUUUCCUCUACCAUGGCUUCUAAAAUCACUGUUGGCAGUAAUUGGUUCGAAAGGUGAAUUUCCAGAAGAUAUUGCUAUUCAAGCUAAAGUUGAAACUUUUUCAUUGUUGGAUCACACGACAAAUCUAUUGACAACAGUAAGUAGAGGUCAAUUUGAGGAGAGACAACUCUUAAAUUGUUACACCGAGGAGUCUGGUUUAUCUGAGGGCAAAGUUCAAUUAAAUACCGAAGAAGAUGUAUGGAGAAGUGUCUUGUUCUUAGCUGAGGCAUUAAAGCAGCACCUGCAAGAAGCCCUUGCCAUGAUCAGAGAUAUGCCUAUUGACAAGAAAGAAGAACAGUUAGCUGGAUUUCGGGAUUUGAGAAAGUUAUCGUCCAUACUUGCUUGUUUUCAGGGACUGUUGUGGGGUCUAAUUUCAUCAGUAACUGACACGAAAGCAGACAAUAGUAAUUUCAAAACAAAAUUUUCAAGUUACAAUGCUGAGCUGAUGGGCGUAAUUAAAUCGUGUGUAGAUACAUUCUUGAAUUUCACGAUGUUCUUCAUAAUAUCUUUGUUUCUUGAGGAUGACCCAUUUGCGUACCAGUCAGCAAAUGAGUUCCCAUCUGAGAAAAUGGUACCUUCGGAUAGUAAAAAUGAACGUAAAAGAGGUCAUCUUAAGAAGAAAUUGUGUCCAUCCUUCCCAGACCUUGAAGCUUUUCUGACCGAGGUUGAAAAGUGGAAACUCUGUCCGAAAAAGCCUUUGUUGAUGCAAGUUUUCAGAGGUGAAAAUGCUGAGGCGGGUUUCUUUCUCAGGCAGCUGUUUAUUGCUUGUUCAGCUAUUCUGAGACUGAAUUUGCAGAUUGACCUUAAGGUAUCUUGGACCCUUUUUCCCACUAUGUUAGACAUUUCUCAAUUUCUCCUCAUGGAGUUCUCAAGAAGUGAAAUGCCUAAUCAGUUUACUUAUUUUUGGUUAGACGGCACUGUGAAAUUUAUCGAAGAGUUAGGUAGUUAUUUCCAACAAUUUGAUCCUUCAUUGUCCAGAGAUUUUUACGAGAGCCUGAUAGGCUUGCACUUGAAGGUCAUUGGAAAGUGCAUCUCGUUACAAGGUAAAGACGCAAAGUUAGUAUCCCAAGAGAUAGGGUCGCGUGCCAAGAAGCUGAAAACCCACAAUCAAUCUUGUUUUUCACUGGGAAUGAGACGAUUGGGCCAAUUAAAGGGGAAAUUGAGGAUUUCAUUCAUAUCAUACAUCAAGAGAUCAUCUGAGUUGCACUUGCUAUCUUCUAUUCAGGCUGUCGAGAGAGCUUUAGUUGGUGUACAGGAAGGACUGAUGAGUAAUUACGAAAUUGUUUGUGGAGUUUCAGAUGAAGCAGAGGUCUCCUCUGUUGUUGCUGCUGGUAUUGAUGUAUUGGAUUUGAUUCUUGAAUUUGUGACAGGGCCAAAACGCCUAAAUAUGGUCAAAAGACACAUUGAGAGCCUAGUUGCAUGUCUUUUCAAUGUCAUCUUGCAUUUGCAGGGUCCGUGUAUUUUCUACGUACCCCCUGAUUCAAUCGAAGCUUAUAAAAAACCUGAUUCCGGUUCGGUUAUUCUCAUGUCUAUUGAAGUACUCACAAGAAUCUCCGGAAAACCCACUCUCUUCCAAAUGGAUGCAUUUCAAAUUGCACAGUCCUUGCGCGUACCUGGAUCACUCUUUCAAUACUUUCUCCAACUUCAGGUAUCUGAAGCUCCUGUUAAAGCUGCACCUUUGACAAAAACUUGCAAUCGAACUGUAGAUCAAAUGUUUUCCGUAGAGCUAUAUGCUGCAUGUUGCCGAAUGCUGUGCAAUGCUCUUAAGCAUCACAAGAGUGAGACUCGACAGUGCAUAGCUUUACUUGAAGAUUCAGUUAGUGUGCUUCUUCACUGCUUGGAGAUUGUAAAUAAAAAUGAUGUUGGUGAAAGAAAGUUUUUUGUAUGGGAAGUAAGAGAGGCAGUAAAAUGCGCCAGUAGCCUCCGAAGAGUGUAUGAAGAGGUACGGCAGCAAAAAGAAGCAUUUGGGCGUUGUUCAUAUCAGGAAGUAGACGAAGCUUUGAAGCCCGGUGUAUAUGCAUUGAUAGACUCAUGCUCACCAGAUGAUCUUCAACUUCUUCAUACUGUAUUUGGAGAGGGUCCUUGCAGAACUACUCUUGCAACACUGCAGCACGACUACAAGAUCAAUUUCCAGUUCGAAGGGAAAGUUUAAUUUCACUCCUAACAUUAUACAAAAGGAUAAAUUCCUUUUCUUUUUUCCCCGUUAGUUCCAUGGCCGUCUGAACUUCAAUAUGGAGCUUGUCAGAUUUUGCCCGUCACCUGUGGAGGGGAUGAACUGAUCAUCAAAUUAAAUUUUUCGUUCAUAAUAUCUUCUGGAGUUCGCCUUUUCUGUUACGAUCUGAAAAAGAGUGUGCAAAAUGCAAACGUUGCCAGUUAGAAAAAGUCUAAGGGUGAGAUGAUUUGAUUGCUACAAAGCCUACACUUCAGGUACAUAUGGUGCUGUUAAAACGAGCUUGGCUCGUUAAGGCUUGAGCUCGAGUUAAUUUAAAGCUUUUUUUUGUUAGUUCUGCUCGAUAAGACUCGAAAAAAGAUUUUUUUAUAUAAUUUUCUAGAGUUCAGAUUGUUAAAGCUCAAGAUCGGCUCGUUAAUAGUGAUAACAAGCCGAGUUCGAGCUCGUUUAUUAACGAGCCGAACUCGGCUCGGCUCGUUUAUCUGCCUUGAUCUACUGGUUAUUGAUCAUUUGAUCCCACUGAAAUAAGGAUAAGUGUUUAACCAGCUAAAGGACAAGGAAAUAUUUUUUUCUCCAAAUAAAUAAGAUCUAUGCAUUGACUAUUUGUUCCCUUAACCUAUCAUGAACUGACACGUGUUUGUAAUAUAGAGGACUUGGAUUGAAAAGGAUAUGAUAAAUAAUUG